AUAUAGUCGGGUCGGGGGAGCGCCAUGUACCUCCCGAGCGAUCCGGCGAGGAGAAUGUCCGAUAACACGUCGCUGUAGAAUUCGUUAAAGCCGUCGUCGUUGUCGUUGUCGUUGUCGUUGCCGAGCUCGUCGGCCCAGAUCGCAUCGCUUUCGUAGUCCCCGCUAGCCUGGAGGCGAUGGCGAAAGUUGCCCAUGAGAUCGCUUGCCUCCUUCCGAGGCCUCAUCGAAAUAGCCGCAAAGAAAAAUACCAGGGACGCCGCCAAGUACCCCCAGAGGGGGAGUUCUUCCUCGGUAAAGCCCAUCUUGAGGGCCACAUCGAUCCUCGACAACACAAGGCUGGCUCGGUUUCCGAGAUUGUUCGCGGUGGAAUCCGGGGCCGCGGCUUUCUCCUCCUCCUUCGGGGCAGGAUUCUCGACGUCGACCUCGACGUCGACCUCCUCCCUGUCGUCCUUGGCCUCCCCGCCAUUGCUGUCGCUGCCCUCCUCGCCCGGCGCUGGCGGAGGCAUUACGUCACCCCACUUUCCAUCGUCGUCGUCAUCGACGUCGUCGUCGAUUACGUCAAUGUCAAAGUCUUCUUCGUCCUCGUCGGCGACGUCGUUUUCCGUUUCUUCCGGUUUGUUUGGUUCCGAUCCGCCCUCGUUGCUGACGGGCGUGGGCUCUUCGAUUUUGUUGGUUUCGCUCUUUUCUGUUUCUUCCACACCGACGGUGGGGGCGGUUGCGGCUUUGCUGUUCUCCGUUUCCAUGGUGUCCUGCGGUGCUAUAGUGUGCGGCAAUGGGUUGCUCUCGGAAUCAAUCAAUCUGUGAGUGAACAAGUAACGCUGUUGGUACUGUUUGGAUUGGUUUCGUUUUGUUUGUCAAUCAAAGAUACGACUCAACGCACUUUUGCUUGUUUGAGAUACAAAACGCAAAGCAAGGGCUCGCAAGUCGGUGAUGCGUACAGUAAAUGCGGCAAGAAAGAACUGCUUGAUACAGUGUUGUACCGGUACGUACGAUAGCGUACUGUAUGUGAUUGCACGGAUUGUAUGGGACAAUCUUUGUUGCGGUCUCGAUUUUUAAGAUGGUUCGGUUCGGUUCCGUCGUACGAGUACGAGUACGAGUAGCGUGCAUUGCUUUGACAUUUGACACCCCUCUGUUUUGAAGCCUCUAAAUUCGCAACUACAAAGCACAUGAUAGCUGGCCGGGCAGGAUUUCAAAUUCACAAGCUACAGUACUACAGUAUUGCCAUCGAAACGAAAUGCCGCCAAAAAACGAAAGUAUCUAGGCCUUAAAAAUACAGUCGUGUCACGAUAUAGUAUGACCCCUGACAGUAAAUGCGUACAAGUAGCACGUACCGUAACCUAUUAAACUACUGUAUCACAGAAUCGUGAAUCGUACUUCGUUGCUACAGUAGUUAAACAUCAAACAUGUGACUACGGUACCCAAGUACGUACGCAAAAAAGGUAUGUAUGGUACUUGGGACGCAAUCAAAAGUCGUGCGAUCAUCUUCAGACGUUCGGAGCUGACAGAACCUGUUCCGGUCAAUCGGCAAUCCGAACCCACACCGCGCAAACGACGGAAGCAAAACCCGGGGCAGCCGAAACAAAACAGCUCGAGUCGUACGUACCGUACGGAACAAACCAUGCCGCCCCGUCUCCGCAGCCGCGAGACAAAACCACCGAGGUUCCGCAACACCGACGCCUCGAUCCGGGCCAUCCUCACCGAGUCGAGGACCGUGGCCCUGGUAGGCGCCUCCAACAAGAAGCACCGCGACUCGUACGAAAUCAUGAGCCUGCUGCUGGAGCGCGGAUACGACGUCUACCCCGUGAACCCAUUCCUCGCGGAGGCGGGGGAAACCAUCCACGGCCGGACCGUUUAUGCGAGCCUGGGGGAGCUGGUGGGUAAGAGUGCCGACAAAGAACACCCGGGGGGAAGGGCCCGCCGCGGGCGAACACGAACGAUCGACCUGGUGGACGUCUUUCGAAAGAGCUCCCACGCCGGGGCCGUCGUGGACGAGGCCAUUGCCAUCGGCGCCAGGAGCGUCUGGCUCCAGGAGGGGGUGGUCGACGAGGACGCGGCCCUGCGGGCCCUCUCGGCCGGCCUCCGCGUCGCGAUGGACGUGUGUCCCUACCACGAGCUCCCAAGGCUGGGGAUCCACGGGCCUGCUUCCGCCGGUGAGCGGAGCUUUAGCGACAGCGGGAACAGAACAAAACAAAACAAAACCCACCCACCCACGCCACGACGAACCACGGGGCAGCGUCGAGAGCGACCGCAAACGCCGCAGAUCCGGAACGCGAACCGGGGAAAGGCACCUCUAGCGUCCGGGGCACCGACCCAGCGAACGCGAACGAAAAGAAAGAGAACAACAAGCGAAAGAGAACGGGAACGUGGCUCCGAUGCCGGCAGUUGACUGGAACCGAAACGCAACCCACGACGCCAGGCCGAAAUGCCACCGGGGAUUGUUGUCUCCAGACCCCCCAAGAGCAUUUGCUUCGCCAGCGGGACGCACAAAAUGGCAAUGUGACAGAAAUAGAAUGCUGCGCCAUGGCAUCGGCUUUAGUUCCAGCCAGACGACAACAGUGUGGGAGAGAGGGUGGCUUUUCUCACGGAACGGAUUUGGUCUGGUUUCGAAACACCAGAAGAGAAGCGCAGUGCAACGCGUUCGAACUCAACGCAAAGUAACGCAACGCAAAGCAACCCGCUCGCCUCGUUGGCAAACCUAGAUGGUGAUGCUAGUGGGCUCCAAGUACCGAGUUCACUGAAAAAAAUACCAUGUUCGCAUUCUCAAAACAAUCAUUUGGGCAAGCAACAUGCAACAGAACACAACCAUUCAUUGAAAACGAAACGAAUAAAGGAAUCGCGUUUGUAUCAAAAUUUUAGCCAUAGGUAGCUGCGUUUGCCCGGCAUUGCGGUUGUAUAAAAUUCAUUGGCCAUAGAUAGCUUCGUCCGACCACCCACGCAAGCUUGUUUCAUUUUGAAUCGGGAAGAGUGUCUCCGCAAAAGCAAUCACCAAAAGGCCUCUUUCGGCUUCUUCCUUGGUCGGUGCCGUUGUCGCCGACGUUUCUCCCAAGGUUGUUUUCUUGAAAGGCAAAGGUACUGCUCUCCACGACGAUUCGACUCCCGGAACCCUUCUGUUUUACUUUCUUCAGGACGGUUUUGCAAGCGGUCGAUAUCUUGACGCUGAUUUCGUCCUCGUCCUCCAUCUUUUCCCAAUACCCUUCGUCGUUCCAUUUCAGAAACCGACCGCCUCGUUUCUUGGUGAUCUCGUUGGCCAGCCACCGGUGUGUCUCUCGUUUCGAUGCGGUAAAAUCGGAGCCCUGGAUCCUUGACACAACGAGUUCUUCAAACAGGACAUUCCCCGGGUGGCACAUGAGCCGCUUCCCGGGUUUGAAGAUCACAUCCGUGCUCCCCGGGCACUCUACGAUCCUCCCCAGUGACCCAUUGGCGCCGUUUUUGUCGUCAUCGUGGGCAGACAUAUCGACCAUGACCCGAAUUUUUAUCCAUGGCUUGUGGUGGUUCGUUUUGAUGUUCCCGGUACCGGUUACCGGGAUUAAAUCGACGGGAAUUCCGUAUUCCCCCAGUGCAUAGCGUACCUCCGUGUCCUCUCCAACGUGCAGCUUCAUCCGAGAUUUGGUUCCGCUUCCGAUCCCCCCGUAGAGCACCGCAAACGAACGGACUAUUCGGAAGAAAGGAUUGUCCGGCAUACAAUAGUGAAACGCCGCGUACCGGAUCGGGACGACCUCAUGCCGCUGCGUGAUGAGAUGGCUAAGCCUACCAUCCGAAGGCUCCCGCCUCCUCCAGUCCUUGCAAGGACCACCCGGCCAGACAAUCAAGACGACGCCCUUUCGCUGCGUUUCAAGGUCCUCGCUCGCCACCAGCGCCAAGAAGAUGAACGUUUUGAGCUAUGGAACGUGCGAUCGAGUGUGAGAAGAAAGAGCACGCGCACAACAACAACAACAACAACAAAAAACAAAAAUCAAUUUCAAAGCAUUCG